AACUUGAAACGGGACAUUCAUUACCACGCACACUCGGAUGAACCUUGUUGUUCAGAGAUCAGUACGAAUAGCUUUUCACCUUCAAGUGUUACUAGUAAUGGAGCCCCAAACAGGAUUCCUGUCUCUUGCUGAAGAACUCCAGUCUUACAUUCUGAGCUUCCUUCCUUACCGAUAUAUUCUUCGGUGUACAUCUGUAUGCAGAACCCUUCGCCAGACAUACUUGUCCUCCUCCGAACUUCAGUACAUCGUUGAAAUAGGUGGACAACGGUUGCUUGUUAUCUCCAACACGGAUCAUAGCAUACCUAUUUCUAAGCGUCUGCAGCUUUUGAGAGACAAAGCUCACGCAUGGUUCAAGGUUGACAUCCACCCUUUCGAAAUGGUCCCCGUAACAAGGGCACCGCUAUCUCGAGACAACAUUGUUGCUGGUGGGCAUUUCUACUCGUGGGACCUACUAGGGGGUACGGCCAUGAUCAUGCCAGUACUUCCAAAGCCCUCACAACAGUCAGUCCGGCGAAACUGGCUCCCAGGAAAGUUGUGUCCGGCGGCUUCAUGGCCCUCACGCCAACUUGAUGUGCUUAUGGACCCAGCACAAAACCUAAUCGCUGUCGCUUAUGUCGUUGAUCGCAAGACAGUCUAUAUUAACCUUAGGGCCCUGGAUGGUGAUGGUAUUCACCCUCAGGCUGCUGGAGAGAGACUGUUUCUGUCGGACGACUCGGAAAACUGCUUUGAAACGACAAUGGCAAAGCUCAAAGGUUUUGGGAGGUAUAUCGCUUUGUCGCGUCGCUCUGACGAUGAAAAUCGGACUUCGUUGGACAAGGUGUGGCAGCUGCACAUUUGGGACUGGAAAUACUCGACGACAUCCAGUGUGAGCUUUGGUUUGAAAUAGUUGAAAGACUUGACGGUUGAUUCUGAAUUUAG